AAUACAUUUUAUUAAGAGACAACAUCAAAAAAAACAUCUUUAAGAUCUCCAAGAAAAAUUCCUAUUAAUAUUCUGCUAUAGUGUGAUACUCAAGAUUGAUAAUAAUCCAAACAUGAACAUGACAAAGAAAAUAAAUGUAAAUUUCUCAUCUUUGGUGGGUUUGAAAGCAGAGUUAUUAAGAAAACAAACUGAAGUAAACGAGGCUAAGUUGAAAACCGAGCCCAUUAGUACAUCAUCACAGCUUAAUAAAAAAAGGAACAGAAAAACUGUUGCAGGGGAUACAGAAAAAAAUACAAAAGAGACAAUAGAUCCAGAGGAUAUUGUAUCCCAUAAGAAAUCAAGAUUGAUGUUAGAAGCCAAAGCAAGAUUGUAUGAAAGGUUGAAGAAAUCAAAGAAUAAUAAUGAUAAAUUCCUUGUUGAUUUUAAGAAUAAGAUGGAUGAAUCUGAUGACUUUGUGGAUGAGACAAUUAACAAAGAAUAUCCUAUAGAACCCGAGGAAAAUUGGGUAGAGUACCAGGAUUGUUUUGGUCGUACUAGGAAAUGUUUGCGAGAGGAUCUUUCACAUAUGCAGAGGAAAGAUGAUAUAAUAAAGCAGGAAAUAAUGAAGAAGAAUGCUGAUGAUAAAGAAGAAGAAAAAGAACAAUACUCUACUAUCGAAGAAAAGGAGCCUGAGAUUGAAAUUAUGAGGCGAAAAUGGGGAGAACAGACACAAAAGCUUGCAGACAAAGUUGACAUACAUUAUCAAGAUGUACUCUUUGAUGAAGCACGAACCCAUGGUGUCGGUUACUAUGCUUUCUCACAAGAUGAAGAGGAGAGGAUAAAGCAGCAGAAGAAUCUGGCUACUUUGAGAAAGGAGACAGAAAAAAAGCAGAAGGAAAUGAAAGAAAUUAGGGAAUUGAAAGAGAGGAUGGAGCAGAAUAGAUUAAAAGCAGCAAGAAUUAGACAGCGUAUCAGAGCAGGUUUGCCAGCAGAACCUACAGAGGAGGAGUUAGGACCUCAAGAAAGCAACUCCACUACAAAACCAGAUAAUAUUGAUACCAAAGAAGUUGAUGAUGAAUCUGCUGAGAAAAUUAAAGAAAAAUCUAAUGGAAAAACUCAUAAGUCUAUUACAGAAGAUAACACUGCUAGUGAAAAAAUAAUAAGUGAUGAGGAUAAGAUAAAGGCCUUUGGAGAGCUUUUGGGCAAGAAGAAUCAUUGGCAUGUUAUGUCACAAGAAGAAUGGAUACAUAAAUGUAGAACACAGAGAAUCGAGGAAUUUGCACCAGUGUAUAAUAAUUUCAAAAGUGCUGGGUUUUACAAUAGUAGUCAAGAUAUUGAUGAACAGUCUAUUCACAAAGAUAAUAAAACAUUUGACAACACAGAAAAUGAUUCCCAGGAGACUAAGUAUAAUACUAAAGACAAUACUGAUUUAGAACUAAUUAGAACUAAUUUAGAAAAACAUGAAGCUAAUAACGAUUCUAUUGUUAUCAAUGAAACAGUUUCAGUUGCAAGAAAAACUGAUAAUAGUAAGAAUAGUCUAGUACAGGAUAAUAUUACAAACAACAAGGAUAACACAAAACAUGAAGUAUCUAGUAAUGUAAUGGAAUCAACAUCGAAUUCUGCUACAAAUUUACUUAAUCCAUUGCAAUCUCAAGGACAAACAACCAUUUCGUACCCAUUAUCCUAUUUAUCUAGCAAAUAUUCGCAGAUUACGUAUGACUAUGCUAAGGCACAUGUAACUAUGGAAUAUGAACUACUAGAUGCCAAAGAUAUUCCUCUACCUGGUGAAAAUACUACUACAGAAUCCAAUGAUAACACUAUUCCUAUCAGCAAGCAAGAAACAUCACGCAGUAUAAAUGAGGAUAACAUAAUGGCUGGUCUCAAAUAUUUAAGAGAAAAGUUUGAAGAAAGUCACAGUAAAUAAUAUCAUUUUAUUUAGUAUCAUUUAAGAGCUGUACAUAAUUUUUGUAUAAAGAAUAGAGUGCACAUAUCUAU